AUUAAUAGUGGUACAUCAAUUUUUUGCAUCUAAAUAUAUACACACAUAUAUCCACUCUGCUACAUGAUGAGAUUAGAGCACAGAGAAGCAAAUCAGUCCAGUGUGCUGUAGCCCACUCAGUGACAUUUAUCGUUUAGCCAGAGGUGAUUUAUUGCCUGUAUUGGAAGCUGAUGAGGAGGUCCAGGCUGUAAAAAAAAAAUCCUAAAGACAAAAGACCAUGACAGAGCAGGUACUGCUGAAGCAUUAUGCUGCAGUUGGGAAUGACAUUCGGGAGCCACAGAACAGCAGGAGAAGCUCCUGUGUUACAGCCAUUUCCUUGUCAAGCAACUCUCCCAAUGUAUGGAUGCUCCCUACAUGUUCGGAGAAAGAUGGAGAAGGUCAGCAAGCCUCACCACCUCAGAGUGCGUCAAGAAGCAUACAGCCAGACUAUUGCAGCUUGGAGCAAAUUCUUGUGAGACCCACAGCACAUCCCAAGCACAAAAAUAAAUGGAAUGACAGCAGCAUGGCUCUGUUGAAGGUGCUGCUCAUGGCUUUCAGUUUCAUCUUUUGGGUUGCUGGGUUUGUUAUGUUUACAGUUGGCAUCUGGGCAAAGAUAUCAUUACAGGAUUAUUUGGUGCUGUCCACCAAUAAUUACCCAAACACCCCACUCAUUCUGUUGGGCAGUGGAGCUGUGGUGCUACUAUGGGGCUUUCUGGGCUGUAUUAGUGCUGCAGCAGAGAAGAGGUGUCUGUUACGUACCUACGGGUUCUUCCAGCUAGCAGUGCUGUUGGCUGGACUGGCUGCAGGUCUCUCUGGCUUGUUCUACCGCAGGGACAUUGCUGAAGGCUUUGAAAGUGGUUUACAAAAUGCAGUUGCAUCCUAUUCAGAAGAUGAGGAGAAGGCAGAUGCUCUGGAUGCCAUUCAGCGUGCCCUGCACUGUUGUGGAGUCCACAGUUACCACGACUGGUUGGAAUCACCCUGGUCUAUAGAGCAGCAGACAUGGUACCAUCCUGAACACAUCAAUGGUUCGGUGCCCAGCAGCUGUUGUGUGGUGCGCAGGGGAUGUCACAACAGCCCACUGCUCAAAGGUGCACCCGGUAUCCACUGGAAUGGCUGUUUUAAGAAAGUCUGUGACUUUGUGAGUGACAACAUGUUCUACAUUGCUACUGGAGCCCUAGGGCUGGCUCUUCUUCAGGUGGUAGGCAUCAUAUUAUCAUGUCUGUUGGCCACUAGGAUUCCUCAGAGGAUGCCAGACACAGUUCCAAUGUGAGCCAUGAGUUAGUAGGAGUUGUUUU